AUGCGCUUCUUCUACUGUAAUGCGGAACUUCUGUUCCUGCUUACGUUUGUAUUGUUCUACGUUCUGCCGGGUUCGAUGAUGCAGUAUAACUCCAAAAUCGCUCUGCACUUCUCAUCAAAUCAUUCGUUCCGCUUCUUCCGUUCAAACUUUCCGCGGGGCCCUCGGCUUCGUCGUCGGCUGCGUUUACUGUACUACAUGGAUCUCGACCGGCCACACUGCCUGGAGAUUCUGCGUGUAUGCUCGAGGCAGGCCAAGUCCCAGAGCGGGCGUAGACCCGUAAAGAAGAAGAUCCAAGUAAUCGAUGAUUUUAACAUUUUUUCUGUGUCAAAGAAGAACUUCAUUCCAUUGACAACUACCAUAACGGAAGCAGAGCACUGCAAGAUGCUACCUCAGAUCCUGAAGGCCAUUCGGGAAUCCAACCAAGAAGCGAUCACCACCGAGACUCUUCUAGGCCAACUGCGCCAAGGGUUAUGCAAGCCGGAACCCCAGCUACAGUCCCAGUUUAACCUGGCGUUGGCUGAAGGCCAACGCACCGGGCUGGUGUCGGUGCAAAGUGGCCACGUCAAACCACUGAUCCAGCUGGACCAAUUUCAGGAGCCCCGAAGCUUCUCCUGCCAACUGCUGUUGGUGGGAGGCGAUCUGCAACCCACGGCCGGAAGUAGCCGAGUUGUGCCGACUGAUGACGCCGACGCGGAAGUUGACGAUGACGACACCAGAGUGGAGGACUGUGAUUGCGAUUGCCAUGAUCGUGCAGCAACAUCGCGUCCAGCGCAACGAUCGUCGUCAUCAUCGGGUGGUUCACGGCGCUGGCUGCGGCCAAGAAACACCAAAAUCACCUACGACGAGCUGAAGCUAAUCAGGCAGGUUUUCAGCCGUUCGGAACUGGGUCCGGAAUGGAACGAGUCACGGAGGCGGGUGAGCCUGCCGCCGGGGGCUACUAGUCAGGUGGCAAGCGGGACGCGAGGAAGAACGCGCCGCCGAUCGACGGCCGAGGUGGAUGGAAAUCGGACCAGAUCCGGCAGCCGUCGAAGGCGCCCAUCCACGGCUAGAGUGCAGACGAGGUCUCGAUCCAGGCGUGGGCAAGACAGUCGGUCGCGGUCCCGGACGCGAGUUUAGAGAUUUCUUACUGUGUUAACUGUUCGGGAUGACCAUAAAUCGAAAUUAUUAAUCGUGCAUUAGGAUCAUUAGGAAUUAAAACCAAAU